GGCCGCUAGGUGGCGCUGAUGCGCUGAAAAGCUGAUCUUACAUGACAGAAGAAGUCGCGUGCCCUUCACAACAGCAAACAUGGCGACUGCGACUAAAAUCAUCCAGAGGCUCCGAAACCUUUUAUCAGGGCACGACCUGCAAGCCAAGCUGCAGCUGAGAUAUGGAGAGAUUGCAAAGAGGACACAAGAACCACCCAAACUCCCCGUAGGACCAAGCCACCAGUUUGCAGGAAACUACUACUUCAGCAGAGACGGACGCAGAGAGUCGGUACCUGCUACAGUCGUCAUGUCUUCACAGAAGGCCAUCACAGCUGGCAGUCAAGUAGCUGAAGCUCCAAAGCCUCCAGUGACCCCGGGCCCCGUGUACCAGGAGCCCUCUCUCUCUACAGACCAGCCGUACCUCUGAGCAGCAGGACUAAUCUCUCCCCCCCCAUCCAGCAACAACAGCCUCAUUCUUUCCCCCGACCUGCUGCAGAGGCCAGCCUGAUGUUUGUGUUGGUUGAAUCCUGUACGAUAGAAAGUGUGAAUAAAACGUGUUCUAUUUAACCCUU